CGCGCAGAAGUAUUAUUUUCACCGUUUACAAUUGUAAGGUUAAGAACGUAGAAUAUUUGUUCUUUGUGCUUGUGAUAUUUAAAUUGUGUGUAAACAUUUCCAUGUAUUCGACGGAAUUGGAGAUAUAAGAAACGAUGGCACUAAGAACUGUAAAGCAUCUAUCUUCUAAGGAGAUAGAAGGUCUUCAAGCCAACGAGAUUGUGCUAAAGGCAAAUCCAAAUAGAUGGGUUAUGUUUCCUAUAAAGCACGAUAGCUUCUGGGCGAUGUAUAAAGAGGUAGAAAACAACUUUUGGGCUGCUGAAGACUUUAUAUUCUCCGAAGAUAAGGAAGUUUUGGACCGUUUGGACAAGGUCCUGUUAGACGCUCUGAAUAAAGUAUUGUCCUAUCACAUAAUGCUGGAUAAUAACGUGAAGUGCCGUCCGUCAGCAAUAACACUAGACUUAUUAAGUGAUGUGCAAGUACCUGAAGCCAGAGCAUUCUAUGGAUUCCAGUUAACUGAUGAAAACAUUCAUAGCGAAACUGUGGGCUCUAUGUUCCAAACCUUGGCUGCUAGCCUCGAUUCAAAGAGCGGAUCCGAUAAAAUAUCUUGGUUACACAAAAACGUUAUCGAGACCAAGUCUUUUUUCAAGAGAGUACUUUUGAUGUUGAUUUCAAAAUUAGUAUUCUCUGCCUCUUUCGGUAUAAUUAGAGAUUUUAUUGUCAAAGAAAAGAUCAUUCCAACAUAUGCGCUUGCAUUGGAUGCUAUAGAAUCUGAUCAACACAUUCAUGCCAGAUUUGCUUUUUGUCUGUUUGAACUCAUGGAAAAUAGAAUGUUAGAAAGUGAAGUCUUGAGUUUGAUAAAUGAAGUCAAAGAACUCGAAAUUGCCUUCUGUCUUUCUUCCUUGCCCCUCGAGUUUAUGAAAUUGCAAAAGGACCAUAUAACAUCAUAUGUCGAGUCCAGGUUGAAUCAAGUGCUAUUGGUUUCUGGUUAUAAGGCCAUAUUUAAGCCAGAUUUAGAUGUCGACUGGAUUAAUGAAUUCUCCGUUGAUUUGAACAUUCAACUCAACAUUAGCAAACCAUCGAUUCAGCAUGAUAUAGAACAUUUCGAACAAGAGAUAAAGUUUGACGAAGAUUUUUAAAACUGCAUUUUAGCCGCAUAUUUCACAAUAUUAACACCGUAC